CCCUUUUUUCCUUUUUUAAGGUCACGAUAGCCGUCGUCAUCUUCACUGUGGCCACUAGCUAGGUACACAAAAACCACGACGGCAAAGAAUCCGAGCUGGCGUCAUUCCAUUUUGGCCCCUCAACACAUUGCGUUUCCUAGCCACGAGAUACCCAUUUCGGUCGCGCUGUAACGACUUAUUUACACUGCAGUUCCCAUGAAUUCACGACAUCAUACGAUUUGACGAACCUCUUCUCCCCACGACCCCUCCACAUCUCCUUCCGCCGCCUCCUCCUCCUCUCCCUUCCCCGGCCUGGGUAACGGUCCCCUCUCGCCAUCAUGCUUGAGGGCCUUGUCGCGAACCUGCUGAACAGGUUCUUGGGCAUGUAUGUCCAGAACUUCGAUGCAAAACAACUCAACGUGGGAAUUUGGUCUGGCGACGUAAAGCUGCGAAAUCUCGAGCUGCGCCGAGAGGCUCUGGAUCAACUUCGUCUGCCCCUGAACGUGGUCGAAGGACAUCUCGGUUCGCUCACACUAUCCAUCCCAUGGUCGAAUUUGCGGGGUAAGCCCUUGAAGGUCAACAUCGAAGAUGUCUUCCUGCUCGCAGCGCCCAAGGAGGAUGCCGAGUACGACGCCGAUGAAGAAGAGCGGAGAGCGCACGCUGUGAAGAUGGAGAAGCUCGAUAGUGCAGAGCUGCUCAAGGAGCGUAACACAGAGGGGAUGAGUGCUGAGGAGCAGCAGAAGAGCCAAAGCUUCACUGCGAGCUUGGUGACGGCCAUCGUGGACAACGUCCAAGUCAGCGUGAAGAACAUCCACAUCCGAUACGAAGAUUCAAUAUCAGACCCAGGUCACCCUUUUGCACUCGGCCUCACUCUUGCCGAAUUCAGCGCCGUCAGCACAGAUAAUAACUGGAAGCCAACUUUCAUUCAGGGCAAUGCGGAAUCAACCCACAAGCUUGCUACGCUUGGCUCUCUGGCUGUAUAUUGGGACACGGAUUCAUCGCUGAUUGGAACAGGGAAGGGCACACAAAGUAAAGAUGAACAGCAGAUCGAUCAUGAAGAAUUCAUCGAACAGGUCCGCGGUAUGAUUGUCAGCGAAGAGAAUCCCGAUCUCGGCAAUCACCAGUUCAUCUUGAAACCAAUCAGUGGUCGAGCUGGUCUUGAGAUGGACAAAACCGGCAAAGCAGAUAGGCCGAAAAUGAAGGCCCGCCUUUUGUUCGAUGAACUCGGUUUCAUCAUCGAUGAGGACCAAUAUCGUGAUGCUCUUAUGCUGGUCGACCUCUUCCAUUAUUUCAUCAGACAUCAAGAGUACAAGAAAUACCAACCCAAGUCCUCGCCAAAGGAAGAUCCCGCUGGAUGGCUAAGGUUCGCCGGAAAAGCUGUCCUCGACAAGAUUCAUGAGAGGAACAGACAGUGGAGUUGGGGAUACUUCAAGGAGCGCCGAGAUGAUCGGAUACGCUACAUUGAACUCUUCAAAAAGAAGAAACGAGAGGAGAAGCUAUCACCUACUGAUGGUGAGGAGCUUGAGAAGCUUGAACGCAAGCUGUCAUAUGAAGAUCUUCGGUUCUGGCGGUCUUUGGCACGUAAUCAACUUCGUAAGGAGAAUGUUGGUGUACAAAAGGAAGCGCCGAAGCAGACUUGGAGCUCAUGGAUUUGGGGUAGCAAACAGGAAGAAAACAAAGACGCGAAUACCCAGAUGACAGAGGAGCAGCGCAAGGAGCUAUACGACGCCAUUGACUGGGAUGAAAAGAAGGCCAUUGCCGAGUCCGUGGACAUGCCACGCGAAUAUGUCAAACUGGAGGUCAACAUGAGUCUUCAGACUGGUAGUUUUACUCUCAAGCGCGAUCCACACGGCAAAUCCAACGACAUUCUCCGUCUUCUCUUUGACUCGUUCAGCACCACUUUCCUGCAGCGUACAGAUUCCACAUUUGUCAAGGUAGCACUAGAAGGCAUGCGAUUAUAUGAUGGAACGACUGAGGGCAGCUUGUUCCCUCAGAUAAUCACCAUCAAAGAUGCUGCGCCUGUACCAGACAUACCCGAUGACAAACGUAUCGAAGAGUUGAACGAUGACGAGACUGAAAAUAAAGAAGAUGGCGCGGAUGACGAGGAGAAAGAAGAUCCCUUCUUCCAAAUGUCCUUUGAGAAAAAUCCCCUCGAUGGUAGUGCCGACACCGCUCUUACAGUCCAUCUCAAGGCUAUGGAAUUCGUGUACAAUCCAAUAUUCGUUGUAGAGGUCGCGAAAUUCUUCAAACCACCAGCGCGUCAUAUGGAAUCAAUUGGCGCGCUUAUGGAAACCGCGGGUGCUACGGUGGAAGGCAUCCGACAGCAGACCCGUGCAGGACUAGAAUUCGCACUCUCCGAGCACAAAACAAUCAAUGCCCAUCUUGACCUUCAAGCACCUCUCAUUAUCAUUCCCGAUUCUAUAACGAAGAAGUCCAGCAACUGUCUCAUUCUCGAUGCCGGUCACGCAAGCGUCACUAGUGAACUUGUAGACCAGGACACCCUCCGCGACAUACAGGCCAAGCAAAAGCAGCAAUACACUGAUGAAGACUUCCGGCGCCUCGAAGCCCUGAUGUAUGACAAGUUCAUACUCAAGUUGGAAUCUACUCAGGUCUUGAUCGGCCCAUCCAUCGAAGAAACCAGGGCCCAGCUGGAUGAAAAGGCGUCAUCGAAGAACUUCCACAUCGUGGACAGGAUCAAUAUGGACUUCAAGAUUGAAACAUGCAUCAUUCCGAAGGCUUCAGAUCUCACUAAAUUCCGCAUAUCUGGAAACUUGCCUGUGUUGCACGCCUCCAUAUCCGACGCGAAAUACAAGAAUCUCAUGAAAUUGAUUGACGUAGCAGUGCCCAAAUUCAAUGACGACGGUCCCAGCAACGAGAUCGUCGAAGGCGCCAAAGGUCCUUCCAAUCUCAAGCCAACAUCUGAAGCCAAGCCUGCCGAGGACAGUUUGGGGCGCCCAAGAGCCAAAUCUUUCCAGUUCGCGGCCCAAGAACAUGAGCUUGUCAUGGAAGAAGAGGGCGAUGAUGAUAAGGGCGAUAAAUUUGAAGAUGCCCGUGAAGUCAAGUCCAAGAAAGAUGUUAACCUGCAUCAGCGCAAUUUUGAGUUCAAAUUUACCGUCGACAAGCUCCAAGGUUCACUCUAUCGAUCGGAUCCUGAAGGCAAAAAACCAGAUGCGCUUCUUGUGGAAUUGAUUGCUGAGCACUUCAACCUCGAAUUCUACCAGGAGGCCUUUGAGAUGGGUGCCGACGUUCGCCUCAAAUCGCUCGUGGUGGAGGAUCAUGUGGAUGAAAAUCCUCUACCAGAGUUCCGUAAUAUCAUCACUUCAGAAGACACAUCUACCGAGGAGCAGAAAGACCUCUUCUCAUUAAAAUUCGUAAAGGUGAAUAACGAGUCCCCCGAAUUCCAAACAAAAUACGAAGGCAUUGCCAUGAACCUCGACGUUGCUGUUUCAACCAUCAACCUGAUAGUCACAAGAAGAACCCUUCUCACAUUGUUGGACUUUGUACUCAUCACAUUUACAAACCCUGGUCCCCAACAGGACCAACAGGCUCAGCUGGCAGCCAAGUCAGAUGAGCAGGUCUCAAACGCACCGCAAGCUGAGCAGGGCAAGAUCAGGAUUCGUGCUGAGCUCAAGCGCAUAGCUGUCGUUCUCAACAAUGACGGAAUACGAUUGGCGACCUUGAGUUUGAACUCUGGAGAGCUCGGGAUCUUCCUCAACGGCAAAACCAUGCGCAUCGGGGGAAGACUCGGAAAUCUAUCCUUGAUUGACGAUGUCAACCAGGGUGUUCCUGAGGAAUCGUCUCUUCGCCAGUUGGUCACAAUUGAAGGUAAAAACCUUGCUGAUUUCAGCUACGAGACCUUCGACUCGGAAACCGAGAGUUACCCUGGAUACGAUACGUCGAUUCAAUUGAAGACUGGUUCCAUCAAGAUCAAUUUCCUGACGGAGCCCUUCCGCAAAAUUAUGGAGUUUGCCGUCAAAUUUGGAAAGAUGCAGGCCAUCUUCAACGCUGCACGCCAGGCCGCGGCUAACCAGGCAAACCAAAUCCAAGAGCGAGCGACGAAGAUGCAUUUUGAUAUCACCAUCUCCACGCCGAUCGUAGUUUUCCCAAGGAUGGUCAUAUCCGACAAGCCGGACAGAGACACACUGACGGCCAAUCUUGGAGAGAUCUAUGCCAAGAACCAAUUCGUGCCACUUGACGAUUCCGAAGGCGCCGAGGUGGCCAACAAGCUGUCAGCUGGUAUUCGAAACAUUAAAUUAAUUUCUAAUCUACACUACGACGAUGAUCGAUCUGAGGAGUUGGAGCUUAUCGACAAGGUUGAUGUGGACUUCAACAUCACCAUGAUUGAGCACAAGCCCGGAAUGCAGCGACCGGAUCUUGAGAUUGAAGGCUCAAUGUCAGAUAUCAAUUUGAAGAUCACUCCGGACCAGAUGAAAUUCGCUCUAGAACUGUCUCGGUCCAUUCCGACCGCGUUUGCCACAGAGACUGAAGCUAUCGAGGAGGACGUACAGCAAGAGCUGCCAGAUUCAACUACUGAGCCUGCUCGGCGUUUGACGGACAAAACCACCGCUACUAAGAAUGAGUCCAAUCAGCUCACGUCAGGGCAAGGUCCCGAACUUCUCACCAGUGAUGAGAAAUGGACUAAGCUUGAUUUCAUCUUCAAGAUUGGUACGAUCGGAUUGGAGUUAAUAAAGCCAAAGAAGAAUGGGCCUGUUGGAGACAUUGAGGCUGCCGGCUUGUCCAAGUUCUCGCUCAAUGAAACGAGCGUCAAGCUUCGGAUGAUCAGCGAUGGAGCUAUGGAGGCUGAACUAGUCGUUCGGUCUUUCACAAUUCGAGACAUCAGAACACAGGAGACCAACAAGUUUCGGAAGAUCAUGUCACUCAUCAAUAACGAUGUGAAGCAACAAUUCAUGGCCAGCUUAUCGAUAUCUGGAGGAGAAGAAAAGAACCUUAUCGCCCUCUUGACCAUCGAUAGUCCGCGGAUAAUUCUUGCGUUGGAUUAUCUCUUUGCCCUUCAGGCAUUCGUCAAUGCUGGUCUUGCCACAGACGACCCGCUUGCGAUCGAGGCAGAAGCAGAAGAGGAUGAAACAGCUAGCUCAAUGGAUCUUAUGUCCCCUGAUGGGACCAGAUCGCCUGAUAAAUCCCCCCCAGACUCUGAAGAGUCUGCACAAGGUGGAAUGAAUAUCUCUUUCCGCGUCAAUCUCGUCGAUGCUCAGGUUGUACUCAUCGCUAAUCCUGCACUUUCGCACUCGGAGGCUAUUGUACUCGGUACGAAGCAAGUUCUUGUAUCGAAACAGCAAGCCAUGACCCUGCAGGUCGACAAAGUGGGCAUGUUCCUUUGUCGCAUGGACAAGUUCGAAACAAGUCGACUGCGCAUUCUCGAUGACUUCAGUAUCCAAACAGCACUGGACAUUCGGAAUCAAGGAGGGAAAUCGUCCCUGACUAGUAUCUCGGUUGAUAUUGAACCCUUGGUGCUCCGUUUGUCUCUUCGCGAUAUCCUCCUCGCGAUGCAAAUCGUGAAUCGUGCUUCUGCCAUGUCAGCCAAUGACGAUGGCAACAUGGCCAGUGCAGAACCUCAAAAGAUCAAGCAAGGUACGCCUUCUUCGAAACCGAAAUCAACCAAACCGGCAUCCACCAAGGUGCAAGCAAAAUCGCUUGCUACUAGUAAGCGCACGGGUCAAAGCAAGCGAACAAGCCAACAAGGACUUCCGAGUUCAUACGGAGGCUCAUCUGCCAUACUGAAGCGAGAAGAAAUGAAUGUCAAUAUCGAAGGAAUCCGAGUCGUUCUCAUCGGUGAUGUACAUGAGCUACCCUUCCUGGACUGGCGAGUCAAGAAGUUUGGUGUCGAUGUCAGAGACUGGUCAGGAGCUAUGACAGCCGAUACCUCCGUGGACACGCUCAUCAACGUCUACAAUUUCUCUAAAUCUGCGUGGGAGCCACUGAUCGAGCCCUGGCAGCUGGGUUUCCAUAUGUCGAAGGACCAACACCCAGACAAGCUUUCAUUGGAGCUAUAUUCAAGAAAGUCUAUGGAACUCACAGUCACAGCGGCGACGAUAGCACUUGCUUCGAAGUCCUUUGAUUUCCUCACCGCUGACGAAGAUAUUCUGUCGAAACCUCGCGGUAAUGACGCACCGUAUCGCAUCCGCAACCAUACUGGUUUCACGCUCGACGUAUGGGCGGAGGGUAAAGAUUCCCAGGACGGAUAUGCUGCCAAACUGGAAGAUGGAGAAGAAAGGCCUUGGCGUUUUGAGGACCCCUCAGCUACACGAGAGUCAUUAUCGCCUGAUUCUGCCACCGGGGUUCUAGGCAUAAGACUGCAGGGCAGUGGCUUCGAUAGCAUUCCUCGAAUUCCGGUGCAUCGCGAAGGGGACACUCUUUACAAUCUGAAACCUAAGCAAGACAAGAUACUGCAUCGCAUUUUGGUGGAUGUCAAGCUGGGCAUGGACAACGUCAAGUAUAUCACUUUCAGGUCUCCACUCCUCAUCGAAAACAACACGCAGAUCCCUAUCGAGCUCGGGAUUUACAGUCCCGAAGAAGGCCACCUUCUCAAGAUUGAGAAGAUUGCGCCCGGUGAUGGUCGUCCCGCUCCUGUAGGCGCUGCUUUUAUGCACUCUGUGGUUGUUCGUCCAGAUCAGGGCUUCGGAUAUUCUUGGUCGAACGAACAACUCUACUGGAAGGACUUGUUGAAGCGACCAACUCGCACAAUCACCUGUCGUAGCGAGCAGGAUCAACAGGCACCACCAUUCUUUUUCCAGCUCCAUGCUGCGUACGAUAAGAAUGACCCAAUCACGAAUGUGUAUCCUUACAUGCGCUUGCGUCUACGCGCUCCGGUUGAGGUGCAAAACUUACUCCCGUUCGACUUUAAGUAUAGAAUCUAUGACGGCACCACUAAGAGGGACUAUACCAAUUUCCUUAGAAAGGGAGGAGUAAGCCCCGUCCAUGUGGUUGAACUGUCACAUCUCCUGCUUGUCGGGGUGGACAUGCAAGAUACGCCGUUCAAACCUAGUAAGUUUGGUAUCAUCAACUCCAACGAUCGCGAAAACUACAAGAGAGAAAGACAUCUGGAGGUCAAAGACAACAACGAUCUGACACUACGCCUCAACAUGCAUUUCUACAACUAUCCCGAUGGUGGUGGUGCCUUUAGAGUUACGAUAUACAGCCCUUACGUCAUACUCAAUCGUACAGGAAUUGAGCUUGAUAUACGCGGCAAGCAAUUUCUCGGUGGAUCUCGUAGCGCUGCUGGACAAGGCGUCUUCGCUGACACCACCAAUCCAGAUGGCUCGAAAGCGACACCCUUCAUGUUUUCGUUCCCCAAUGAUGAUAAGAAGAAUAGAGCUCUCAUCAAAGUCGGCGACUCUGGUUGGAGCAAACCACAAAGUCUUGACGCCAUCGGUAGCAACUAUGCUGUGGCCCUACCCUCCUCUCAAGGAAGGUCCGAGAUGCAUAUCGGUGUAACGGUUUCCGAAGGCGAAGGCAAAUACAACUUGAGCAAGGUCGUGACAGUUGCGCCACGUUUCAUCAUCAAGAACAAGAUGAAAGAGGACCUGAAUAUUCGCGAACCCGGAUCUUCUGACUUCAUAGCCCUGAAGAAUGGAGAGCUACACCCACUGCGAUGGUUGCGUCAAAACGGCAAUCCUCAACUAUCCCUCUGCUAUCCAGGUGUCAACAACCAGUGGUCGUCGCCGUUCAACAUCUCCAAUGUGGGCAGCAUCCACGUCAAAUUAUCCAAGGCUGGACAACGCCAGAAAUUGGUUCGAAUCGAUGUCCUCAUGGAGAACUCGACAAUUUUCGUUCAUAUCAGCGUGGAGACAAAGCACUGGCCAUUCUCGUUUAAAAAUAUGAGCGACCAAGAGUUCCUCUACUGGCAGACCAACCCGAACUUGGAUGAAGAUGAAGAAGAUCGUGGAUCAGGAUUCCGUCCGAUCAGAUAUCGCCUACCCGCACGAAGUAUCAUGCCAUAUGCAUGGGAUUUCCCCGCUGCCAAGAAUAAGGAAAUUGUCCUCAGUGCGAAUGGGAAGGAGCGACACGUCAAACUUGCCGAGAUUGGUAACCUGAUUCCAUUCAAGCCUCCGCCUGGACAAGGACAGGCCCGCGCAAAGGUGUUCGAUCUUAAUGUGGUAGCCAAUGGACCGACACAAACCUUGGAGAUAUCUAACUACAAGCCAUCUAAGAGCUUGUAUAAGCAAAAGUCUUUUGCAGGAUCGACGUCAACCGCUGGAGGCUUCGAAGUCAAGGACGUAGAGACCGGUGUCAAUUUCACUGCCCAACUUCGUCUCGCCGGAAUAGGUAUCUCCCUCGUCAAUAGUCAAUUGCGUGAGCUCGUGUACGUGACGCUACGCGACAUUGAGCUCAAAUACUCCGACUCUACGCUGUACCAGACAGUCAAUAUAACAGUCAAAUGGGUCCAGAUUGACAAUCAGCUCUACGGAGGCAUAUUUCCAAUUCUCCUGUAUCCCAGCGUGGUUCCCAAGACCGGAAAAGAAAUGGAGGCCCAUCCAAUCUUCCAGACAAACAUCACUCGUGUCAAGGAUGACUCCUAUGGUGUGUUGUAUAUCAAGUAUUUCACUGUUCUCCUUCAGCAAAUGACGCUCGAGAUCGACGAGGACUUCAUCUUCGCUUUACUGGAUUUUGCUAAGAUUCCUGGAGCCUCGUGGUCUGAAGAGAAAGAAGGCAAGCUGUGGGAUGACUCCCUCGACAUUCCAGAGCCGCAGCAAGAGCAAUCUGGGCAGGACAUCUAUUUCGAAUUAUUGCAUCUUCAGCCCAUGCAAAUUGAUCUGUCCUUUGUCAGAACAGAGCGCAUCAACGCCGAGGACACCGCAACAUCGACAAGUCCUUUCAUGUUCGCUGUCAACGUGCUCACGAUGUCCAUUGGAAAUGUCAAUGACGCACCAAUUCGCUACAAUGCUCUGCUUCUCGAGAACGCGCGGGUAUCCACAGAUACACUGACAAACAACAUCAAGAAUCACUAUGUGCAAGAGUCACUUCGACAAGUGCAUGUUGUGAUCGGCUCGGCUGAUUUCCUCGGAAAUCCUGUUGGUCUAUUCACCAAUGUCAGCUCGGGUGUCGCUGACAUCUUCUACGAGCCGUAUCAGGGACUUGUCAAAUCUGACCGGCCAGAAGACCUCGGUAUUGGAAUCGCCAAGGGUGCAUCCAGCUUUGUAAAGAAGUCCGUCUUCGGAUUCUCGGACAGCAUGGCCAAGUUUACGGGCAGCAUGUCCAAGGGUCUUUCCGCUGCAACUCUGGACAAGGAGUUCCAAGAUUCGCGCCGCAUGUCCCGAUCUCGCAACAGGCCGAAGCAUGCACUUUAUGGUAUCACUGCAGGCGGCAACGCAUUCGCCAGCAGUCUCGCGAGUGGUCUUGGCGGCUUAGCCCGUCAUCCCAUUCAAGGUGCAGAAAAAGAGGGUGCGCUCGGUUUUGUAAAGGGCGUCGGUAAAGGUCUCCUCGGUGUUCCCACCAAAGCCGCGAUCGGCGCCUUCGACCUCGCUUCCAACAUGGCCGAAGGCGUGCGCAACACGACAACCGUCUUCGACCAGGAAGGACUCGACCGCGUCCGUCUAAGUCGCUUCAUCGGCCAAGACGGCAUCGUUCGUCCAUACUCCCAACGCGAGGCUCUGGGGCAGUUCUGGCUCAAGACUCUUGACAACGGCAAGUACUUCAACGAAGAUUACCUCGCGCACCUCGAGCUCCAGGGCAAGGACAUGCUAGUCAUGCUCACGUACAACGGCAUCAUGCUCGUCAGGACUAAGAGACUACAAACCGAUUGGGACGUCCCGCUCAAGGACAUCCAGACCAUCAGCAAAGAGCGCACGGGGAUGAGCAUCACGCUCAAGGGCGGCACCAAUGGACCUUUCAUUCCUGUCGCGGACGAGGGCUCGAGGAAUUGGUUUUAUAGACAGGUUGCUGUCGCUGUGAACGCGUAUAACGAUCGUUGGAAUGCAAAGGGUUGAGUUGGGACGUUCUUACUUUUCUGGUUAUUUUUCCUUUCCUCUUUGGUAUGGAAAUAAUUACAUCUUUGGAUGAAUGAAACGAUUGGCAGGGUAGGGGCCGGAUGGAAGGUUGGCAGAUUGAUAUCCUUCGUCGAUGUUACUCUUCUCUUUUCUUCCUCAUAAGUAAACAUCAUUUUUAAUGCUUCAAUAUUCUGUUUUAUAUGCUGUGCGUUGUAGGAUACUUCAGCCUCUUUCUCAAGUGCGUCGUGUAGGAUUCUUAUUCCCGUUGCUGUUGGUAUGGUACAUGCAUUGGGCUCUGUAAGAAGUAAUGAACAGGGACGAAAUCUCUGGAGAGAAACAAGAAUUAAAGAAAUG